AUGUCCGACCUUUGCCCCGUCUACGCUCCCUUCUUCAGCGCCAUGGGCUGCACGAGCGCUAUUGUCUUCACUUGUACUUACGGUACGGCCAAGUCUGGUGUCGGCAUUUCCGCCAUGUCCGUCCUCCGCCCAGACCUCAUGAUGAAGUGUGUCGUCCCGGUCAUCAUGGCUGGUAUCAUCGCCAUCUACGGUCUCGUCGUGUCGGUCUUGAUCUCCGGAAACUUGGACUACCAGAUGCCGCUCUCUAUGGGCUUCGUGCAGCUCGGCGCUGGUCUCUCGGUCGGUCUCGCUGGUCUCGCGGCUGGGUUCGCUAUCGGUAUCGUCGGCGACGCGGGCGUCCGGGGCACCGCACAGCAGCCGCGUCUCUUCGUCGGCAUGAUUCUCAUCCUCAUUUUCGCCGAAGUCUUGGGUCUGUACGGUCUCAUCGUGGCCCUCAUCAUGAACACCAAAGCGGCCGACUUCAAGGGUAUCGUGAUGCUGAGCUACUCGAAGAGCUGCAUCCGGCGCACCGGGAGGCCGAGCGCCUGCGAGGGAAGACACAGGUCUGCUUCGAUCCAGGUGCUGGUCCCAGCGCUCGUCCGCAAGGUCACAUUGUACGACGCUGCACCCGAAGUGUUGUACCCCCCGUCCAGGCUUUCAUAUCGAUACCACGAACAAUGGCCAUGUCAUGUUAAUCAAUGUCUGCAUGUUCGCUCAUACUUAACUAGUGUUUUCUCCGAGGGAAGCUAUGUUUGCGCGAGGGGCGCUCCACGUAUGUGA